AUGUUCUUCCUCAAAGAAGAGACCAAGUACCUCAUCGGUCGACUCAACGAGGAGGAAGAGGGACGGUGCACAGGCGAUCACUUUGUGAUCUGUGUCAUGGACAUGGUUGAUAUUGGCGAAGGGCGGGUGAUGCCUGGUAUCGGACAGGCGGAAUACACCAUUAGAUAUCGUGCAAUCAUCUGGAAGCCGUUCCGUGGCGAGACGGUCGAUGCUAUUGUUACUUCCGUUAAGCCUACGGGGAUCUUCACACUCGCGGGUCCGUUGUCUGUCUUCAUUGCGCGAAAGAACAUCCCCUCCGAUAUCAAGUGGGAGCCCAACACCGUACCGCCGCAAUACACUGAUCAUGCCGAUCAAGUCAUUGAGAAAGGAACCAGUCUGCGGUUGAAGAUCCUCGGUGUUAAGCCCGACGUGGCCGCUAUCAAUGCCAUUGGCACCAUCAAGGAGGAUUAUCUUGGACCUUUGUAAUGAGACACGAUUGCAACACAUACCCACCUUUUUCACCAAUACGAUAAUUUACCAUGCCAUCUAUGGUCCCCCAAAGAUACGGCAAGUGCUUGGGAUGGAUUUACUGCCUAA